CGCCCGCCCGCCCUGCGCCCGCGCCGCGCGCCCGCGCCUGUGCCCGCCGUGCGCCCGCGCCGCCGCCGGAGAAGCAACUUUGGAGCGACCCGCCGACCCAGCCGAGCCAUGGCCGCGCCCGCCCCGCUGCUGGCCGCGCUCCUGCUGCUCCGCAGCGCCAGAGCCAUGAACGACAUCGGGGACUACGUGGGCUCUAACCUGGAAAUCUCAUGGCUGCCCAACCUCGACAGCUUGGUAGAAGGUUACGCCCGCAACUUCCGGCCAGGCAUUGGAGGCCCUCCGGUGAACGUGGCUCUGGCCAUUGAGGUGGCAAGCAUCGACCAUAUCUCAGAGGCCAAUAUGGAAUACACCAUGACGGUGUUCCUGCACCAGAGCUGGAGAGACAGCCGCCUCUCCUACAGUCACACCAAUGAGACCCUGGGCCUGGACAGUCGCUUUGUUGACAAGCUCUGGCUGCCUGACACCUUCAUCGUCAAUGCAAAAUCGGCUUGGUUCCACGAUGUGACGGUCGAGAACAAGCUCAUCCGGCUGCAGCCCGAUGGGGUGAUUCUCUACAGCAUCCGCAUCACGUCCACGGUGGCCUGUGACAUGGACCUGGCCAAGUACCCCAUGGACGAGCAGGAGUGCAUGCUGCACUUGGAGAGCUACGGCUACUCCUCUGAAGACAUCGUCUACUACUGGUCGGAAAACCAGGAGCAGAUCCACGGGCUGGACAAGCUGCAGCUGGCCCAGUUCACCAUUACCAGCUACCGAUUUACCUCGGAGCUAAUGAACUUCAAGUCGGCCGGCCAGUUCCCUCGGCUCAGCCUGCAUUUCCGCCUGCGGAGGAACCGAGGUGUGUACAUCAUCCAGUCCUACAUGCCAUCCGUCCUGCUCGUGGCCAUGUCCUGGGUCUCCUUCUGGAUCAGCCAGGCCGCCGUGCCCGCCCGCGUGUCUCUCGGCAUCACCACGGUGCUGACCAUGACCACACUGAUGGUGAGCGCCCGCUCGUCGCUGCCUCGCGCCUCAGCCAUCAAGGCGCUGGACGUGUACUUCUGGAUCUGCUACGUGUUUGUGUUCGCCGCGCUGGUGGAGUAUGCCUUCGCGCACUUCAACGCCGACUACCGCAGGAAGCAGAAGCUCAAGGGUGCCGAGCACAGGGUGGAGAUGGAUGUGCGAAAUGCCAUCGUGCUCUUCUCGCUCUCGGCUGCCGGCGUCAGCAGGGAGCUGGCCCUGUCCGGCCCGCAGCGCCUCGUCCCCGGGAAUCUGAUGGGCACCUACCGCUCAGUGGAGGUGGAGACAGGGGAGAUGAGGAAGCGGGCCGCAGCCACAGCUGGGGCGCAGGGUGGUCUGCGGGCGCUUUUCAAGCCCAUUGAUGCAGACACCAUCGACACCUACGCCAGAGCAGUGUUCCCUGCAGCCUUUGCUGCAGUCAACAUCAUCUAUUGGGCCGCCUACACCAUGUGAGGGACCGGGUACCGGGGUGAAACCCUCGUGUGAAACAGAAGAGCCUGGAACCCCAGGGUUCCUCACUUGGUCACUGCCCUUGGCCUCCUGGAACCACCAAAAUUCUGCUGACUCUUCCAACCUUCUCCCUACCAACAAGCCCUUCCAAUUUCCUCCCCAACCCUCACCCAACCCUCCUCCCUCCUACACCACCCCUUCCUUCCUCCUGUUCCAGCCCCUCCUCCUUUACUGGUCCUCCCUCCUUCCAGCCCCUUUCUUGCCUACCCCCCCCAUCUCAGUACAGACAGGUUCAAAGCUGCCCCACUUGGAUCUGGGCAAGCUGGAGACUGACUCCAAGAUGACUGUAGUGCCC